GUCUCUCCACGUGUCCUCCACCAGAAUAUUUUAGUUCUGGUAAAUAUUUGUUUCAAAUUCAGAAAAAACAUUUGUUGAUCUUCUUAAUAUGUAAUUAGUUUCUGCUCUCAUUAUCAACGUCCACUGUAAUAUUAUAAUCGCAGGAGUCUAAUUUAAUCAAAUCUUGAUCUCCCUAAACAUAAAUAUAUAAACACAUUGUACACACACACAAAAACCAAAGAUGAUCUUCUGCUUUCUCUAUUAAGAGAUUCUCUCCCUCUUCUUCAAGUACUCUAUAGCGUUUAUGUGCUUAACAUAUUUACAAAAUUUCUUAAAUGGGCUUCGUUUCUCAACGUAAAAGCUGCACUAUUUCUCCAGACCGUCUUCCUUCAGAUAUGUCUAGCCCUUCUUCAGGUAGUGAUCAAGAAUCACCAGAAAAAUCUAAAAAAAUGGCCCGGAAAUUGAGUUUUGAAUAUGGUCUGUCCUGUUUUCUGCCACCUCUUAAACGGAUAAAUUCCAAAAACGAUGAAAGAAAGAGUGACAACAAUAACUCUGAGCAGAACAAAGCAUGGCUGCUUGCUGAUUCUGGUGGAUGUGGCGGUGCAGACAUCAGAUACACUGAUCCUCAAAUAAUUCAAUCUUCAUUCAGGUUCACUUUUUGCUCUCAGCUUGAACUCGAGUCGAUGAAAUUAAAUCAGUUCUCUUCAGCUACAGUUUUAAUGGUGAAUUUGGACAAUGGGGUGUUCAUGGGCUCUCCUCGAUCAAGAGACGUCAAAUGGAGCAGACUUGAGUCACUAGAAAGGAAUAUUUCUCCGGUGGCGCAUAACCUUGUUAGGUUCAGUUAUUCUGAAAUUCUCUCUGCCACUAACAAUUUUUCUAAAGGCAGAGUUUUAGGCAGAGGUGCAUUAAGCUGUGUAUAUAAGGGAAAAAUUGGGUUAUUUGGGACCUCAGUGGCAAUCAAGAAGCUGGAUAAACAAGACGAAGAGUGCUCAAAAGCAUUUUGCAGGGAAUUAAUGAUUGCUAGUUCACUACACAAUCCUUAUAUCGUUCCUCUGGUCGGUUUUUGUAUUGGACCUCAGGAGGAUUUGUUUCUGGUAUACAAAUAUGUAUCUUGUGGAAGCUUAGAGCAGUAUUUACAUGAAAAGAAGGAUUCUAAGGGCAAUACAUCUCUUCCAUGGUCAGUGAGGUAUAAGAUUGCGCUAGGAAUUGCAAAGGCAGUUAAUUACUUGCAUAAUGGGACCGAAAGAUGUGUAGUUCACAGAGACAUUAAACCCUCGAACAUUCUUCUUUCUUCCAGGAAAACACCCAAGUUAUGUGACUUUGGAUUAGCGACAUGGACUCGAGCACCUUCAGUUCCUUUUCUUUGCCAAACUGUGAAAGGAACAUUUGGAUAUCUGGCUCCUGAAUAUUUUCAACAUGGGAAAAUUUCUGAUAAAACUGAUAUUUAUGCACUGGGGGUGGUUCUCUUGGAACUAGUUACUGGGAGGAAGCCAAUUGAAACCAGGAAAGGAACAGGGGAAGAGAAUCUUAUAUCAUGGGCAAAGCCGUUUUUGCAGAAAGGAGCCGUAGAAGGACUAAUUGAUCCAAAUAUCAAGCUCACACGCAAAAAUUUAAAGUAUAUAUCAAUGAUGGUUAAAGCUGCAAGUGCUUGUAUAGUUACUGAAGAAUUCCGGAGGCCUAGCAUCAGUGAAAUUAUAUCAAUAUUGACAAAUGAACAACCAAAACUCUCUUUUAAGAAGAGUUAUAGUUUCCCCACACAUGGUGCAGUUGCAGACUGUUACCCUCAGCUUCAGCAGACGGAUAGUGAAAUGAAGAAUCAUCUGGCCUUGGCGAUGCUCGGGGUACCAGAAUUUGAGCUUGAUGAUCCCAAGUCGAAACUGUAGGACUCCUUGCAUGUCUAUAUAAUCUUAUAUAGUAUCAAUCUUGUUAGAAUGCAGUUUUGGGAAAAGCAACCUUUUAGAGUUGUAGAUAGGGGUCUAGACUGUGAAACAAAUGUAUAUUUGUAUGUUUGCAUUUCUUCUCUGUUUCGAAUGAGAAGGGAAUGAUCUUGGUAGAUUGUUGCAAGUUCAAUGUAAUAGUUUGUAAUUGUGCUUUGAAGAAAUGUAUGCUUAAUCAACCUAGGUUGAUAUAUGUCA